AUGGCCACCUUAGCCAGGGGCAGCUUCACCGUGCGGAGCCUCUUGGAUUUACCUGAGCCAGAAGGUGGCGGCGGCAGCAACCAGGGUCAGGAACCGGCAGAAAGCUACGCCGCCUCUCCCUUCCGAGCGUGGAUGGAAACCGAAAGAAGCCACUACCUCUGUGACCCUUUUCUUCCCUUCCCUCUUUUCCCCUUCCCACCCUUUCCUUUCUCUUCCCUUCCCGCGAUUUCCAAAAGCAAACUAAGGCGAACAGCCCGGUCUGUCCCGCUCUCUCCCGCAGCAUCGGACGACAGCGGCGCCGAGAGCCGGCCGCGCCCGGCCGCCGCCUCGACCCGGCAGGCAGCGCGGGAGGAAGACGAGGCGAAGCUGAAGAAGAAGCGGCGGGUGCUCUUCUCCAAGGCUCAGACGCUGGCUCUCGAGCGACGCUUCCGGCAGCAGCGCUACCUGUCGGCGCCGGAGCGGGAGCAGCUGGCGCACUUGCUCCGCCUGACGCCCACCCAGGUCAAGAUCUGGUUCCAGAACCACCGCUACAAGAUGAAGCGCGCCAAGGGCGGCGAGCGGGGCGGCGCGGGGAGCGGCCCGCCUCUCAUGCGACGGGUGGUGGUGCCGGUGCUGGUGCGGGACGGCAAGGCCUGUCAAAGCUGCACCGCCGCCCCCGCCUCGCGAAGCCCCGCCGGGCCCCAAGCAGCGUUCAACCUGCCCGGCUACUCGGCAUUUCCGCAAACCUCCUCCCUGGGCCUUUUCCCCGCCUACCAGCACUUAGCGCCGCCUUCCUUAGUAUCCUGGAACUGGGGCUGAGGAAGAUCCUGACGGCUGGUGGGCUGGCGGCCCAUCUGCCUCCCUGGACAACUGGAUUCGGCUCCCUUGAGGAAGAUGCACCCUGGCCUUCGCCUGGCCCGAUGGGGGCUUCUGCUUGGCGCUCUGGGGACUUUGACUCCCAAUAGAACUAGUUUAGAGUAAACGUUUGGCGGAUUGCAGGCCUUUCAAAACAAUAUAUAUAUAUUAUAUAAAAGAAAAGAUCCAUUGCAAUUUUCUUGGGAAGGGUCUCCAGCUGUGUUUUACCUUACAUGGAAGUCAUGGCCAAGUAUGUGGUUAACAUACUUGUGGAUAAAAAGGAAAAUAAGACGGUCAUUUCAAUAGGGUGGCCAAUCCUGCGGGCUCCAGCUAUAUGUAGAGCCUUCUUGCAAAAAGUGAGGCCCUCUUUGAAAAUGUACAGAACAGAGACAAAAAGGUUGCAAUUCUAUGCUUGCCCAGGAGUAAGUCUUGUCGCUGGGUAGGGCUCCUUGGCAGUUACUUCCAAGAAGGCUUGUGGAGAUUUGCAUUUUGGCAAAUUGCAACUUUGAGACUUUUAAUCCAGGUUAAUUUCAGCACACAUAUGCACACCUUUACUUUUCAGAAAACAGUAAAGGCUUUCAAAUUCAGAAGCAUAUGUUUACAGGACAAAUGGGAGUUUACCAUCCAGGAACAAUUGUCUUUGAUUCCUUAAUAGAAUAGAAGAAAGUGAAGUUAGGGCCUAGGAUUAUUUGGGAAUAAAGUCAAGGGAAGCCUAAUUGGAAACGUCAAAAAAAACAAAAACGGUGGAUGACUGCACAAUACCUGCCAAACCUUCCUUUUGCCCUUUGGUUUUAAGAAUCUAGGAAACCGACAAAGAACCAGUUGCAUUUCAAUUGAAGUGCAGCAGCUAAAGAGCAAUCUAUGUUGGAUGUAGUUUCUUUUUUUAAUAAUUCUACUCAUGGGGGUUGCUGGAAAUUAGUGUCUCUGGGUGGUUCAGAAGCUGCCAUUAGAAGGUACUUGUGUGAUCAGAGUGGAAGAGAGGAGAUUUAAAAACAUGUAUUGGGAUGAUUGGUUCAAACUCCUUAGAAAUGCCUUGUGGCAUUUUGUUUAGUACAAUGAGGUCGUACAUUGUCUCAGAAAUGAACCUCACUGAAUUUAAAGGGCUUCUUCUUUGAAUAGUUAUGCACUGUAACAAAUGUGUUCCUCAACAAAUUGUAUGGAUUGAAGUCCAGUUGGCAAGUACACAAUAACCAGAGUUUAAAUGGUAAAUAAAAUGCCAAAUGUACAACCUCCUGUGACAAAAAAGUAAAUAAAUUUUAGACAAGAUGGGUGGCACAAAAUUGAAUAAAUAAAUAAAAUAAAGACUUGCUCUUAUCCAGCUCAGUUCCUGGAAACUACAUACACUCACACAGACACAGACACACCCACACACUUGGAAAUCUGAUGAAAUUAAAAAUGGUCUUCAGAAAUUGAAUUUAAAGAAACUCAAUUUUGAGUCAUUUCCAUACAGCACUAGUGAUUGAAAACAUUCUCUCAUUGGGGUGAGAUGAAGCCUGUCUUUGUCAAUCAAAUCUCACUACUGUAA